AUGCCUUGUCAACGGGUCUUCAAAGUCAGAAAACCUCCGGGCCUCAGACACGCCAUCAAGUACGAGACCUCCGCCUCCGAACUCGACCAGCGCCUUGCGCGCCGGCAGCGUGCUCAUUUGGACCGCGGCGUGAGGCUGCUGCCCAGAACCUCGACCGACCAAGCUCCCCGACGGCUUACACGAAGCCUCCAGAUUCAGCCAGCCAGUGUCUUCCGACCUCAAGAUCACUUCCUGUCUCCCGAGCAGCAUUUUCCUCUGCAAACUAUACACACGCGAACACAGUACCCUCGUUAUGUCAACCGAUUCAACUCGAAGGAAAUCAUGCUUGUUGUCGAUGGCAGCUGUGUGAAUAACGGUGCCGGCGUGGGACGAAACCCGCCUGUCGAGAAAGAGUAUGCGCCAAAGUGGGGCUUGAGCUUCAUAUACAACAGCAGCGUCGCCAGGGAUGGAGUCACCUUGCCGUAUCUUGCGGCGAACAACGUAAAAACAGGUGGCGCACCGCGGGGAGACCUCACGGUUCCGCUCCCAGACAUCUCGGGCACGAUUGCAAUUCCUCUGGAGCAGCAGGGCCCUCGUGGGGACAUACUCAGGCACACUUCAAACAGGGCGAAGUUGCGCGCUGUGAUUGCCGCGCUGGACUUCCGGCCCUGGUACGGGGAAGGCUGGCAGACGGUCGUGAUUGUCACGGAUCUCGAAUACGUCGUUCUCGGGGCAACCAAGUGGAUGCCAGCCUGGGUGCGGCGGAGGUGGAGGUCGUCUCCCCACAGGGACAGAAAGGGCAAGCUCUGCACCGGCAGGAAGCUUGCGAAUCGUGAUCUGUGGGAGGAGCUGCAGUCCCGCAUCGAGGACCUCCGAGCGAACGGCACUGAAGUGGCCUUCUGGCUAGUCCCGCCUAGGAGUUUGAUCAGAGAGGAUAGCAACCUCCUUCGUGAGGCCAAGAGCGCUGCCAGGGAGGCUGCUAGGAGUUCUGACUUGUUGUGGACGAGUACACGAGGCUUUGCGGCUUGUCCGUGUGACAGCAGGACUGAGCUGACAUGA